GAACACCUCACAGCCGUCAAGAUGAGCAGCCCAGCCCUCAACAAGAUCGCGGCCAACAGCCCGUCGCGCCAGAACCCCUCUGAGCUCGAGACCAGCAUUGCUCAGGCUCUGUACGACCUCGAGACGAACACUGCCGACCUGAAGGCUGCCCUUCGCCCUCUGCAGUUUGUCUCUGCCCGUGAGAUCGAAGUUGGCCACGGCAAGAAGGCGAUUGUCAUCUUUGUCCCCGUCCCUUCCCUGCAGGGCUUCCACCGUGUCCAGCAGCGCCUCACCCGUGAGCUCGAGAAGAAGUUCUCUGACCGCCACGUUCUCAUCCUGGCCUCGCGCCGCAUCCUUCCCCGCCCCAAGCGCUCCAACCGCUCGCGCAACACCCAGAAGCAGAAGCGCCCCCGUUCGCGCACUCUGACUGCUGUCCACGACGCCAUCCUCACCGACCUCGUCUACCCCGUCGAGAUCGUCGGCAAGCGCCUCCGCACCAAGGAGGACAACUCCAAGACCCUCAAGGUCAUCCUCGACGAGAAGGAGCGUGGUGGAGUUGACUACCGCCUCGACACCUACUCCGAGGUCUACCGCCGCCUCACUGGCCGUAGCGUCGUUUUCGAGUUCCCCCAGACCGGUGCCUCUGAUUACUAG